GGGUUUUUAUGUGGUAUGUAUGACCAGUUCUUUUAGAUACAUGAAUAGUUUAUUUUCAAUUUGAUAUUCAAUACUACUUGAAAUAUGCUUCUAUGUCUUACCUGCAUAUGGUGAAGACAGUUAAUUAACAAUUGUAACAGAUAUGGAUACCCUUUAGUGGCGAGCGGAAUGUACUGGUAAACCAAACUCUGGCAAACGAAGCGUGACCAGAUUCGGAGGCUGCUAUAAAAGCCACGUCUGCGGGCGCCCGUCAGACCCAGUCUCUAACACAAAUCAUGAAUGCGUACCUCCUUAUCGCUCUCUGUGGCACCUUUGCGGCAGUUGUGUCUGCUAAUGAUCUCCAGGAUCAAAUCGAUAGGUUUGCGGAGGAUCUCCAUCGAGUCAAAGAAGAAAUAGCACGACUAAAGAACCGUAUAGAGGCCACCCGCGUACCCGAGGACCAACUGCCCGAGCACCAUGACCGAACUAAGCGCUACGUUGUGUACCACUAUGCCCCAACCAUAGUAAUGGGACCACAGGGUCCCACAGGACCUAAGGGUCACCCAGGACUUCCGGGAGACCAAGGUGAAGAGGGACCUCGCGGUGCUCCAGGUUUGAAGGGAGCUAUUGGAGAGGAGGGAGCCCAGGGUCUGACAGGUAAUUCCGGGGCACCGGGAGAACAAGGACCAGUGGGUGACCAAGGGGAGACUGGCGGACAAGGAGCUCCGGGAGCUUCUGGUGAAGUCGGACCCAUGGGACCAAAGGGGCUUACAGGGGAUAAAGGAGAGCAGGGCGCUCCAGGUUACCCAGGAUACCCCGGUGACCAGGGAGACCUGGGAUAUCCAGGGCCUGCAGGACCAAUGGGUGCAGAGGGUUUGAAGGGUGUACAAGGAUACUCAGGGGCCCCAGGACAAGACGGAGCUGCUGGCGAACCAGGAGCACCGGGUCAACCUGGAGCUUCAGGACCCAGAGGACAAGUUGGACAACGCGGAGAAUAUGGCAUCAUCGGAAAACAAGGAUAUCCUGGAUACAAAGGUAAACGCGGAUCUAGGGGGAACAGUGGCUAUCCAGGACCUCGUGGCCCAGCUAUGAUGUAUUACUACGCCCCUGCCGCUCGACGAUACUAUGCCGUGCAGGCAGCACCCUCAACUGGAUCCAAAGGCGGACAGUAUGCCCAAGUCGUUGCAGCACCGUCCACCAGAAAAGGGGGACAAUAUGCCCGAGUUGUUGCAGCACCAUCAUAUGGAAAAGGGGGACAAUAUGCCCGAGUUGUUGCAGCACCAUCCACUGGAAAAGGGGGACAAUAUGCCCGAGUUGUUGCAGCACCAUCAUAUGGAAAAGGGGGACAAUAUGCUCAACUUGUUGCCGCACCUUCCAAGAGCAUUCAAUACGUCCCAGCAGCCAAGUAUGCCCCUCAAGCCGCCAGAAAUGUCAAGGGAAAUUAAGAUAUAUUAGAUUGUACUUUGAUUUCAUUUUUCGGGUUCUAAUUUGUAUUGUUUUCUAAAUCAAAAUUUAAAAAACAACAACAGCGAAUUGCUAACGUUUAAAAAGUAAAGUUGAUUAUUAUUCUUAAAAGUGGAACCAUUCAAAUGUAUUAAGUUAAUAAAAGUAAAGUUGAAAAUA